CUCUCUCUCUCUCUCUCUCUCUCUCUCUCUCUCUCUCUCUCUCUCUCUCUCUCCCUCUCUUUCACUCGCGGGAGUAACUGGCGAUUGCCAAAGCCGCAAUGCCCAGCACAUGUUCAGUGGUUGGGUGUAAUACGUGGGACCGCCCCAAAGAUGUCGUUUAUCACCGAUUUCCCAAGGAGAAAAGGGCAAGAAAAGAGUGGGUCGUGUUAUGUGGGAACAAAAGAGUGAACUUUUUGACAGCAAGAAUCUGCAGUAUCCAUUUUGAGAAAACAGACUACGAACGAAAUCUGAAAUACGAAAUGCUGAAUUUGCCAGUUCCUCGACGCUUGAGAAACGUGAAAAAGGAUGCUAUUCCAUCGAAACAUAUUCCAAAACUAAAAAUGACUCAAAGCCCGUUUAACAUCGCUGAAAAUCCUAGUCGAAAAGAUGAUAAUUGCCAUGUUCAGUCGCAGUGCAAUUUGAGCAAUGUGCAGAAAGAAAAGCCAGUGCCUAUGCCAACACAACAGGAACCAUAUGAAGUUUACAUUGUAGAAUGCAAAGAGGAAGUCAAGGAUGUCAUCAAGGAAGAGAUUGAUGUCGUUGAGGAAGAGAUUGAUGUCAUCAAGGAAGAGAUUGGUGACGUCGAGGAAGAGAAUGAUGUCAACGAGGAAGAUGAGGAUGUCAUCUACCCACAUUCCAUGCAGAUGAGAGUGGAAGAGAUACACAGCUUAGGCACUGGAGCAGAACCCAUGUUCAUGACAUGGGAGGAGAAUGGUCUCCAAAACAGCAGUGGAGAUGCUGUGGAUUAUACUUUUGUCAGGCAACUGCAGAAGGUCAUACAAGAUGGGAAUUAUACUCCUGAUCAGGUUUUCACUGCAACCAAGACAGGCCUCUUUUGGAAACGUCUCCCUGCCCAGACCUUCAUCAGUAAGAAGGAAAAGAUGUCUACAGGUUUUAAGGCUGGGAAUGACUUAUUCACUCUUCUGCUGUGUGCGAAUGCAUCAAGAGACUUCAGACUAAAGCCUUUGCUGGUUUAUCGCUCUCUCAGUCCAAAGGAACUAAAGGUGACGUCACUCCAGAUGUUGCCUGUACACUGGAGAUUCAACAAAAGAGUUUCUUUGACAGCAACAUUGUUUGAAGACUGGUUCACCAACUGUGCUGUUCCAGAAAUCUCAUCUUACUGUAAGCAGAAGAAUCUUGAAGAAAAAGCAGUGCUACUAGUUGAUAAUAGUCUAGGUUAUCCUGAGGUAAUCACUGAUAUUCAUCCAACUAUCAAGAUCAUAUCCAUAUCAAGUGAUAAGUUUCCUUCCAUACAGCAUCUGGAUCAGUUUGCCAUUACUCAGUUUAAGCAGCUUUACACCAAAUCCCUUUUGCACAAGAUGCUCUUCAUCACAGGAGGUGGGGAUGAAAGUCAAGUUGAGGACUUCUGGUUGUCCUUUAGCAUCAAGGAGGCACUCAUUAUCAUCAAAGAUAGUUGGAUGGCUGUUAAAACUCCAUUUCUGAACAGAAUCUGGAGGUAUGUGUGGCUUGAUAUCCUCCAGUAUUAUGUAGGACCCCCUAAUACCUUGGGGGAGAUUCAAGAGAUCCGGGAACUUGCAAACAAAAUUCCUGGUGAAGGCUUUAUGCAAAUCACUGACGAUGACAUUCGCAGUCACAUAAAAUCCCAUUGGGAAAAUCUGUCAGCAGAGGAGUUAACAGAGCAGGCCAAGGCUGUUCAGGAAGAUGACAACCAAAAGGUGACUCCAGAAUCAUCUUUGCCGUCAACCUCAGAACUGAAGAGCAUUAUCAAGCUGCUGUACAAAACGGAAAGGACAUUAAUAGAGAAAGAGUGGAACCCUUCAAGGUUGGAACACAGCCUGACUCACCUCAGAAGUAUAAGGGCUAUAUAUAUGGAUGCAUUAAAGAAAAGAGAUAAAACAAAGUCAUAUUUUUAAUGUUGAGAAAAUUUUAUUAUUGUAAAUGUGAUUUAUAUUGAAAGUAUGAAAGGAGUGUAUUUUUUCAGUUCGUAUGAUAUAUCUCAACAGGCCUAAAAUAAAAUUUAUUUUGUUACCUU